UAUCGAAAAGUACGGAAAAAUCGAUUAGUGACAACAUAUUUUUACCAAUAAGCUGGUUUUCCGGGUUUUUAAUGCUUUUUGACGUUAAAAAAGGGGAAAAAUAUAUCUCAUAUUUAUCAAAACAAGUACACUGAUUCAAUUUUAGAUCGUAAAUUCUAACCUCUUUUGAUUAUUAGCAGAUUUUGUCCAUUUCGUCCAAAAACGUUUUUUAGGUUAUCCGAAGUUAAUUAUCAAAAUGUUGCCGCUCUCGCUUUUGAGAACGGCCCAAAAUCAUCCAAUGCUUGUGGAGUUAAAAAAUGGCGAAACUUAUAACGGACACUUGGUUAGCUGUGACAACUGGAUGAAUAUCAAUCUUAGAGAAGUUAUUUGCACAUCCAGGGAUGGAGACAAAUUUUGGAGAAUGCCUGAAUGUUACAUUCGAGGUAGUACAAUCAAAUAUCUCCGAAUCCCUGAUGAAGUCAUUGAUAUGGUUAAAGAAGACGUUCAAAUGAAGAACAGAGGACGUGGAGACAUGAAAGGAGGACGAGGUGGUCCAAAUCAAAGACGAGGUCCUCGAGGUACCUUUGGAGGACGAGGUAGACCACCACCCCUCGGUCGAGGAAUUGCUCCAGGAGGAGGAGGUGGAGGAAACAAGCCAAAUAAAUCCAAGUGAAUUUACUACUCCUUUUUUUUCUACUUAAGUCUUAUUUUAUAAGUACCUAAGAGUUUAUUCUAAAUAAUAAUUUUGUCUAAAGCGAAAAAUUCUCGAAACGAUUGUUACUGUAUUUAAAUGUACGAUAUUUUGCUGAUAUGAUCCAUUGUUAGCAUCGUCGAAAUAAAUACAAAUGCAGUCUUCAGUUA